CUUGACACCGGUGCGCUCCUUGUUCUUAUCUCUGAAAAGGGACUCCCGAAAUAUACCUGACACCACAGUGGAUCACGUUGGCCGUAGCAGCAGCAGCCAGGAUGAUCCCAGUGGGGGAAUUUCGCAACAUUGGCAUCGAGCAGAACUCCAAGUACCGUGUACUCAAGCCGUGGUGGGAUGUUUUCUCUGAGUACCUGUGCGUUGCCAUGUUAAUGAUCGGAGUCUUUGGAUGCACCCUGCAGCUCACCCAAGACAAGAUCGCUUGCCUGCCAAGUCCCUUCACCAGUCCGACACCUGGCGCCAUUGAUUGUAGCCACAUCCGCAGCUAUGCUGAGAACCAUUCAUGGGAAAGCCUCAAUUUCAAACCGGGUAAUCCCAUCAUACGGGAGGUUCUCGGUCGCAAGAAUGGCCUGGACAUCCACCAGUAUGUCUUUAUCAACCACUACUGCUACGAGCGGUUUGUGCACUGGUAUGCAAAGUACUUCCCUUACCUCGUGGUGAUCCACACCAUGAUUUUCAUGGUGACCAGUAGCUUUUGGUUCAAAUUCCCUGGGACGUCCUCCAAACUUGACCUCUUUGUAACCAUCCUGGGAAAAUGCUUUGACUCCCCCUGGACCACCAGGGCCUUGAGCGAGGUUUCUGAGGAAAGAGGUGAGGAAAAGUUGUUCAGCUGGAGGAGAAACACGGUGUCUAAAGAUCCCACGGAGAGACGAGCCGACGAGGAGGAGACCACCUUGCUUCAGCGUACCGCCUCGUCUAAAUCUAAUGCAGAUAAGAAAACUCAAGAGUCUCAGUCAGCUCCAUCUGUGUUGGAUAAAAAGGAAGGAGAGCAGGCUAAAGCUUUGUUUGAGAAGGUGAAAAAGUUCCGAACUCACGUCGAGGAAGCAGACAUCUUGUACAUUAUGUAUGUGCUGCAAACAUCCCUCAAGGUCUUUAAGUUCCUUUUAAUCAUCAUCUACACUGCGGCGUUGUCUCCAAACAUUGAGAUUGUCGUACGCUGUUUAGUUCCCCCCGAGCUGACCGGGUUCGACAUCUAUUGCUGUAACCACAACAAAGCUCACCUAUUCUCCAAGCUGGCCUAUUGCUACAUUAGCUUUGUUGCCGUUUACGGGUUGUUGUGCAUCUACACACUCUACUGGCAGUUUCACCGCCCCUUAAGGGUCUACUCCUUUGAGCACGUCAGGCUAGAGACAGGAAUCAAUGACAUACCAGACGUGAAGAAUGAUUUCGCCUUCCUGCUCCACCUGGUGGACCAGUAUGACGAUCUUUACGCAAAAAGAUUUGCUUUCUUUCUGUCCGAGGUGAGCGAGAGCCGACUCCAUCAGCUUAACCUCAACUAUGAAUGGACUGCCAAAAAAUUGCGCAGCCGUCUGGCUAAGAACGCUAAUGACUUACAGGAGCUACACCUGGCUCUGUUGCCGGGACUUCCCGACACGGUCUACGAGCUAGCUGAGAUACAGUCCCUGAAAUUGGAGCAGGUUAAAAAUGUCUCCAUUUCACCUAGUGUUGCUAAGCUGGAGAGUCUUCAGGAUCUCUCGCUGAUAUACUGCCAGGCCAAGGUUCAGCUGCCUGCCUUGAAAUACUUUAAAGAACAUUUGAAGUUCCUGCGCUUAUGCUUUGAAAGUCUCGAUGAAGUUCCUGAGUGGAUGUACCACUUGCAAAACCUUGAGGAGUUGCACCUAAAUGGCCCACUAACAAACGAAUUGGCACGGAGCGCCCAACUGGACUCCCUUCGAGAGCUGAUAGCCCUAAGGGUCCUCACCCUGCGCUCCAAUCUCUCAAAGAUUCCGACAAGCAUCAGCGACGUCGCACUGCAGCUGCAGCGUCUGUGCAUCUACAACGAAGGCACCAAGAUCCAAGCCUAUAGCGGCCUGAAGAAGCUGACCAAUCUCGUGUCUCUGGAGUUAGUGGGCUGUGAACUGGAGCGUAUCCCGAGUGCUGUCUUCAGCCUGAGUAAUCUGCAAGAGUUGGAUCUGAAAGAAAACAAGCUGACCACCGUGGAAGAAAUCCUGAGCCUGCAACAUUGCCAACGGCUGGUGACGCUGCGCCUGUGGCACAACAAAAUCACUUACAUUCCCGAUCAUAUCAGCAAGCUUCACACACUGGAGACACUGGACAUCAGCUGGAAUAAGCUGCGAAAGCUGUCAGCGCGCCUGUUCUACUGCACCAAAUUGAGGCAUUUGGACAUCUCGCACAACCAGCUUACCACCAUACCUCCCGAGGUGGGCAUCCUUCAGGGUCUCCAGUUCUUUUCCGCUGCUUUCAACUCAUUAGAGACCCUACCAGAUGAACUGUUCUCCUGUAAAAGACUAAAGACUCUCAUCCUGGGAAACAACUGCUUGUUCUACCUUAGCUCCAGGGUGGCUAACCUUUCCCAACUUGUUCGACUGGAACUCAAAGGGAACCGCCUGGAAGCUUUACCUGCUGAAGUAGCGGACUGUCCUUUGCUAACAACCAGUGGGCUUGUAGCAGAGGAAAACCUGCUGGAGUUGUUACCUCCGCACGUGCGCACAAGGUUGAUUAGUUGCUAAAUCAAUCCAAAGGUUUUUGACUGAUGUGUCUUGAUUUACAAGGUCAUUUUGAAUGGACACCCAAUUCAGAUAGAACAGCUAAUACUGUUCUAACUCAAGGUUGGUUUAUACCUGGCGUGUUUAACGAUCCGAGUGGAAACAAGAUGCAAGUAGAUGGGCACGCAUUUUUCAGAAUCUUUACUCCUACUCCAGGCAGCUCUGUAGGGCUUGCCCUCAUGGUGAAACCGGUAUUCUCCCAGACUGCAGGGGGCAGCAAAAAAAGCUGUCUCCGGCAUUCGAGCAACUUCAUACUAUAGAGAGAGAAAAGAUGAGCGAGAGAGAGUAAAAGAUCCAUUUCUCUGCUACAUGGGGAAGCUCGAGGCUCUCAUCGAGGAGGAACAACUUUGUUGUUAUUCUGAGCACAAUGGUUGAGGAAAUCUGUGACCUAAACUUUUGUUACAUUGAAAUUUGGUCAUUUAUUUCUGUCCAAAACCUGACAAAAUAGAUGUGUUAAAUUGUAAAAUUGCCAAACGAUUGUGUUUGUUUAUCGAUUUACAGUUUGAGAUGCAGAGACAAAAGUUUCCUUCAUUUCAGUUAAGACCAAAACACAGCCGGCUGAUUGUUUUGUGCCUUCUUUAAAGGGAACCUCAGACUUAAAGACUUACAGGCUCUAAUAAGGCACAAUUGUUCUCUUUUACUAAAAUAUGUAGUUAGAAACACAUAAAAUAUUGCCGGUGAUUUAAAUCUAUAAUAUUUAGUACAUGUUUUGACGUACGGGGGGGCGCCAUGUUUUAUGCACGCAAUGGACACUCGGGGUGAUGACGUAGGUUGUAGGUUGCUUAGUGCAAUGACAUACCGCAAGCAGCACGUCACGUUUGUUCAUUAAUAUUCAUGACGUUAGCAAUUGUUGCUAGGCGAGUCAACCUCCUGUUUGUCCCUAAUAGUAAAUGCAUGGAAAUAGUGUACGAACGAGAUGUUUACUGAGCUAAACCUACCAAUUCUGUCCGAAAAUGAUGUCCCUGGUGCCAAAUUCACUACUAAAGAUGUGGAAGAACAUACAAAUGUUUAGUUAAAGAGAUGGCUUGAGUGUCGAGGCCUUAAAAAGACGUGAAAAAGAGCAGACCUGAUCCAGAGUUCGCUUUUUUAUGUACACCUUUUUCUUGUGUGCAUUGGCUUACGCCACUGACAAUGACCUUCUCCUGUUUCAACAAUCUAUCUUUUACCGCCAUAUGCCCUGUCUUUCUUAUAUAUUAUAUCCUCUGGAUGUCUUAUGUCUCUGACCGUUCUUGGGGGCCAUUUACAUUGCUAUUUUUGUGUAGCAAUCGUAAUUGCUACUCAGUGACAGCCAACGAACACUUAAUUUUUUUCAUUAAUAACAAAUCUUAAUUCUAUAAUAUAUUUACACUACCCCCUUACUAAAGGUGUUUUUUUACAACAGAAAAAGUAACAGUGGCAGUCAGAUCCCAUUUUAAUUUUUUCAGGUCGUUCAUUGUCAGGAAGACAUUAAAAAAUAAGUAAAAAUAUCAAAAUGGCUUACCUCUUCGUCCUCUGUAGGACCAUGGCCUCCAACAAAAUGUUUACUGCAUAUGAAAUGUAAAUGACUUCACCUUGCUGGCGUUAAACUGGUCUUUUGGACUUUCGCGCAAGUUGAUACAUUCUUCACAUUUUUACUCCGAGUUUUUGGUUUCGGGAAACCUAUGAAGAAAACAUCCUUCAUAUGUCAUAAUGUCUACAGUCGUUUCUACAAGUUUUGUAGCAGCAGUGUUUGAUCAGCAUGUUUGUUUGUUUUUUAAAGAAUACCGGAGAAAACAAGCAGAAGUAACAUGGAGUGUAUGCGAGGGCGUGUCUAUAACAACCCACUUCUGCGUUACGAUGGCGACGUCACGGUCUAAAAAUAGCAUUUGUGCAGUACGCUAUUCCUUCUACAUGUCGAGACGUCCAACAUAUCCGCACAUCGGUUAAAAGCGCUAAGUACUUACUAUUUGUGUUUUUAAUUAGUCUUUUAUUACCUUAUCAUUGCCUCAAAAUACUUUUUGCAUGUGUUUCCCUCUCAUACGUUUAACCAUUAUUUUCUUGUUGUAGCUUUAAAGCAGAUUGUCAGCAGGUCGAAAACCAAAAGUGGUUUUUGCCAUGUGGCAAAAAAAAAAUUGCCAUGUGGCAUUUUUUUUGCCAUAUGGCAAACAAAUUUUGCCAUGUGGCUUUUUUUUUUCUUUUUGCCAUGUGGCAAAAAACUUUUGCCAUGUGGCAUUUUUUUUUACAUGUGGCAAAAAGUUUUGCCAUGUGGAUUUUUUUUUCCAUGUGGCAAUUUUUUUUUUUUUACCAUGUGCCAUUUUUUUGCCAUGUGGCAAAAAAUGUUUGCCAUGUGCCAUUUUUUUGCCAAGUGGCAACAUUUUUUUGCCAUGUUGCAAAUAUUUUUUUUGCCAUGUGGCUUUUUUUU